GUGUUUGAACAGUUUAUGGCAAAAACUCUAGAAGAAUUGAUAAUAUUAAAAAGGAUAUCGCUGAGAUAUCUCCUCGCGAGGGAAUCUCGGCUGAUCGCUUUAGGGAAGAAGCCGGUUAACAAAAAAAUUGCUAACUAUUUGAAAACGCAUGAAGAAAGUACUGUGUGGUCGAGUUUUUUGGACACUUGGGGCGAGGAUCUUACCAAAAACAUCAACGUGUACGAUUGGAGGUUGCAAGAAAGGAGUAUAGAAAACAAGCCACGUUCUUACAUUUUAGAGUCGGUAGCGAAAAGGAUUCUAGUAGACUACGAAAUGCCAUUAUGCGGCGGGAAAAUGACGGAGGCACCGACAGUGAGAGUGGAGCACGGCGAGCUCCAAGGUCGUGUGGUGACAAGUCCCUCAGGGAAGUGGUACUACAGUUUCCAGGGUAUACCAUACGCGAAGCCGCCACUAGGCUCCCUUAGAUUUAAGGACCCACAACCUUUGGAACCUUGGGAGGGUGUCCGCGAUGCCACCACUGAAGGCAAUAUCAGUGCACAAAUAGAUCCUUUUACAAAAGAAUAUGUAGGUGACGAAAACUGCCUCUUUUUAAACGUGUACACUACCAACUUAGAUGGUGCAUUCCUCCCAGUGAUGCUGUUCAUACACGGAGGUGGUUUUAAAUUUGGCUCAGGAAAUUCCAGUCAGUAUGGUGGUGAUUUUCUAGUCGAGAAAGAUGUCGUGGUAGUUACAAUAAACUAUAGAUGUGGACCAUUAGGUUUCCUAUGCCUGAACACACCCGAAGUUCCCGGAAACGCAGGCUUUAAAGACAUGGUCCAAGCCAUCCGAUGGGUUAAGGAUAAUAUCCAACAUUUCGGAGGUAAUCCCGGGAAUCUGACACUAUUUGGCGAAAGUUGCGGUGGUGUAGCUACUUCGUUGUUAACUGCUAGUCCUUUAACUAAAAAUUUGAUAAACAAAGCGAUAAUUCAGUCGGGCACCGCCCUCAACAGUUGGGGUUAUCAAAAAAACCCUAUAGAAAAUGCUAGAAAUCUAGCGCAACUCCUGGGAUCUGAGGCAGAAAGUGUUGAUGAAAUAUUAGACUUUUUAUCGGCUUCUUCAGUUAAGGAUAUUACUGAAGCUGGCAGAAAAUUGGCUCCGCUUGAAUUGUUUUAUGAAAAAGGUGGCAAUGUUUUCGCUGCAGUUAUAGAAAAAGAGUUCCCGGAUACCGAAGCUUUUUUAACAGAAGCAUUUAUUGAUAUUCUAACAUCUGGCAGGGUUGCUCAAGUUCCUAUAAUGAUCGGUAGUACAGCAUUAGAGUUUACUUAUGAACAUAUAGGUGAAGAUUUGCAAGUAUUUAUACCUGAAGACUUGAAUAUCGAAAGGAACACAGAGGAAGCAGUCGAAAUUGCCGAGGAAAUAAAAAGAUUGUAUUUCAAAGAUAAAGAAAUUGGAUUGGAGAGUUUGAAUGAAUAUUUUGAAUUAUUAUCAGAUAAACUAGUCAAUAUAGACACGCAUAGAUAUGUACAGUAUUUAGUGAACGCUACAAAUAAGCCAAUUUACUAUUACAAGUUUGAUUAUGUCGGAGAAUUGAACAAUUCUAGAAAGGUAACAUCGCCAUUGGCAAUAAAGCGCGCCGCACAUACGGACGAGCUGGGCUAUUUAUUUAAGAACGACCUCCAAAAUGAAGUGGAGCCGACUCCUCAAGACGUCAAAAUGAGGGAAAGAAUGUUAAGGUUAUGGACAAACUUUGCUAAAUCUGGGAAUCCAACUCCUGACGAUGAGAAUGAUUAUUUGACUGUAACCUGGCGACCAGUAACUAAGGACAACCUCUAUUACCUCAAUUUAGGUCCAGAAUUAUCGCUGGACACAAAUCCUGAUAAAGAAAAAAUGGACUUCUGGGAUGGUCUCUAUAAUAAAUAUUAUCGUAUUUGGGAACAUCCAAAAACAAACAACGAAGAAGUACAACGAACAGAGAAAAAUGAAAUUGAGGUCCCAGCUGUGGUUCCCGAUGUAGUUAGCGAAGUAGUAGAGGACCAAGCACCGGACCCUGAAGUACCCACUCCAGUGAGUGUAGACGACGGGCCUAGGGAAAUAAAUAUAGUUGACCAAAAUGCCACUGGCCUUAUCCAAGAAAUAGUUGUAGAGACAGCGACGAUUCCAGAACCAGAAAUUGUGUCUGAACCCCCAAUUGAAACACCUACUGAAGCACCCGUUGAAGUACACAUUGAAGCUCCUAAAGUAGUAGAAAAUCAAGUUCAAAUCAAUGGUAACAGCAAUGGCGAUGUGAGAAAACCCAGGCCAUCAAACGAAAUUAAAAUGGUUCAGCAAUCAAAUGGAAUACCCAAAGACGUCAUCCGAGCUAACGACCCACCAGAGGAUGAUCUACCUAAAAACAUAGGUGUCAAUAAGUUCGUGAACUUCUUUGAAUCUUUGGGCGGGAAAAAGUGAGACGGCCAUUUUGUUUUUAGAUAUAGGUAGAUAUUAAGUUAUUUAUUUAUGUGCAAUUCGGAACAUUCCAUUAAAAUUGUUAUUUUCAUCACUUAAGAUUAUAAUAAAUUGUAAAAUAUAAAUGUAUAGAAAUAUUACUCGACAGUGCCUUAUUUGCGAAAGUUCGUUUAUAUGUAUUUUUUUUUUUAUUAUAGUUAUUUUAUUUUUUUAUUUUAUAAGAAUAUCUAAGUUAAUCAUUCCAGUGCAGUUAUCUGGCAAAGUCGCCACUUGCCAUAUGUAUUACUGAUCACAAAUCGUAAAUUUAUUCUAGAUAUUUUCUAAAAUUUAUAUCAAUAUAUCUGUCAUAUCCACAAUGAAAUAUAUUUUAUUUAAAAGACCUUA